AUGUCGUGGGCAAAUUCCCUGACCAAAAUGCAAAUUUGUGGUUCGGCAGAUGGAGCUGGGAACAUGGUGGUAACACCAGAAAACGGCUGGCUUGGCGGUCGUCGAAGAAUGUCCCGACCGACUGGAACCGACACAAUCCUUCAAGAUCUUUGGCAGCGGCUGGACGCCACAUGUUUCUCCUCUGCCGCAUGCCCCAUCACCAACAAUCCAGCAGCGGUCGAAGCUGCACCUCUCGACGGAUACGGCAACGGCCACUUUUUCUCAUAUCAAUCAUCUCGCGCUCUUCGCUGCCGUUUUGCCAUCCUGGUCCCGCUGAUCCGGACAGGACAACUGAUCGUCAGGGUCCAGACAUCUGAGACACUCUCCAAGUUGCCAAACCUGAAAGACGCCGAAAGUUCAACCGCCACCAAAAGCAUCUCCAAUCUUGUCAUUGAAAACCAUCUUUCCGUCACCAUUGCUCUCGCCAGCAACACCAUCAUGGUUGUUCUGAUGUAUCUGCCGGCCACGAUGGCGGAAUAUGCUUUUCACGUGGAGGCGGCCUUUGCGUGA